CUUUUAUCAUCAAAAUCUUAUAUAAGUGUAUAUAGAUUUUAAAUACGGAUAUUCUUACCUGUACACUGUUACUGUUUGUUCUGACAUCUACAUCUAUAUUGUCGAGAUAUGUCACAAUGCCUUAAAAAGGAUGAAUUCGUGAAAAAGAUGUUACAUUGACCAAAAUGUCCGGGAUAUUUGGAUUUUUGAUAUUCACCCAGGUCGCUGCAAUUACAUUUAAAAACAAGGAAGCUAUCGACCAGGGAUUCUGCCAUCUGCAAAAUGUGAAAAUCCAAAUGCUCCUUGACUGUAAACUGAAUUUAACCUCUACAGUAACUAUAGCUUUAGCGGAAAAUGAAAGUGACACUUCUGGAAAUUAUAUUUUGCAAUGCUUCGGGAUUCCUGGAAAACAAAUUAAUUGUCCACGACAAGAUGAUGUAACAGGGGCUUACAGUGAUUGUGACGAUAUUCUGCAAGUCGAAUUCAUAUUCAACUACACAAAACACAUUAAUCAUUAUUUAAGGAUCUGGACAGAUUGUAAUUCCAGCUCCAUUGCCAUGAAACCUUGUCGAUUUACUGGAAAUGUGGACCUCUCUAACAGCCCUGCAAUCACAGUUACUUGUCGGAAUCCCACUUUCGUCUAUUCUAACUCUCCAAUUAUGAUAAAAUCAAACAAAGGGAUUUACGGAAUUUGUUUACAACGCAAAUGCUUUGGUGACAACUGCAAAAAGUUAUCAGACGGCAUACAAUGUGUGUUGCACUAUGACCCUGAUGAGAUACUGCAAUGUCAGUUAGAUGGUGCCGUAUUCAAUAUUACAUCAACAUCACCUAAUGCCUCAACAACUUCACCAGAAAAUUCUUCAACGCUACAAAAUAAUAAAACAACCGAGUCCCAAGGAGGUUCAUCGACUUCACAAAAUAUUACUUCAACGUCACCAGAACAAUCCACGUCAUUAAAUAGCAAAACUACGCCUAUUACGUCAUCAGAAAUUACAGAAAGUGAGCAUGAUAUUCAAACUUCAGAAGGAUCAACUGAUAUGACAGCAAACCUACCAAAUGUGAAACCAUUAGAGCUUUCUAGCAAAUCCUGCGACCAAUGUGAUAAAUCCGUUUUGUAUGUUUUCAUUUCCCUAUUCGGCCUUAGCCUCCUUUUCAACAUCAUUUUCAUAACUUUGUUCAUCAUUCGAAGGGGUGUCAGAAAUUAAAUGAACUGAGGCUAAGGACUAUAGGGAAACUGUAAACACUUUAGCUAGUUGUCAGAGGAUGUCUUUUCAACAGGCAUUGGAUUCUAUAGGAUAAAAGAGGAAGAUGACGGAUCCCAGGGCAUAAGUGUUUCAAUAGUGAAGGAUCUACAAGCGUUUAUUCAUCGUUUUGUUUUCAAUUUAUGAAUAAAUCUCUAAAGUUU